CAUUUGGGAUUCAGGUAAAAGCCAGUUCCGCCAACGCAUUCAGAUACGAAUCCGCUGUAAACUAACGAGAAAGAGAGCACGGUGUGGAGACUGUUGUGCACUCGCGAAUUCAAAAUGUCGGAGUUCGACGAAUUUGAGAGGCAACUGAGUGAAAACAAACAAGGUGACGGUGUUAACGGCCAUGAGCGGGAUAAAGAGAACAGGCACCGGCGGCGGAGCGGAUCGCGUAGCCGCAGCCGGGAAAGAAAGAGGAGGAGCAGGGAGAGGAGAAGCCGGGAGCGACGCAGCAGCAGCAAAGAUCGCAGACCUAGACGCAGUCGCUCACCACCACCUAGGGAGAGGAAGAAGAAAAUCAAAAAGUACUGGGAUGUUCCUCCUCCAGGCUUUGAGCACAUUACACCCAUGCAGUACAAGGCCAUGCAGGCCGCUGGUCAGAUUCCUGCCACAGCCCUGUUGCCCACUAUGACUCCAGAGGGACUGACUGUUACACCUACUCCGGUGCCAGUAGUGGGAAGCCAGAUGACCCGUCAGGCUAGAAGACUGUACGUGGGCAACAUCCCAUUUGGCAUCACAGAGGAAUCCAUGAUGGACUUCUUCAAUGCACAAAUGAGACUCGGAGGUCUUAUUCAGGCUCCGGGAAACCCAGUCCUUGCUGUGCAGAUCAACCAGGAUAAGAACUUUGCUUUUCUUGAGUUGCGCUCAGUGGAUGAGACUACACAGGCCAUGGCUUUUGAUGGCAUCAUAUUCCAGGGCCAGAGUUUGAAGAUCCGCCGGCCACAUGAUUACCAGCCUUUGCCAGGCAUGAGCGAGAACCCCAGCGUGUAUGUUCCAGCCUCUUUUCCAGGUGUGGUGUCUACUGUAGUCCCGGACUCUGCUCACAAGCUUUUCAUCGGAGGCUUGCCCAACUAUCUCAGUGAUGAUCAGGUUAAGGAACUACUGACAUCCUUUGGCCCCUUGAAAGCAUUCAACCUUGUGAAAGACAGUGCUACAGGCCUCUCCAAGGGCUAUGCUUUCUGUGAAUAUGUUGAUGUCAAUCUCAACGAUCAGGCUAUUGCAGGACUGAAUGGCAUGCAGUUAGGAGAUAAGAAGCUCCUGGUUCAGAGAGCAAGUGUUGGAGCCAAGAAUGCCACUAUGGCAAGCAUAAACGAGACACCAGUGACACUGCAGGUACCAGGCCUGAUGAACAGCUCUAUGAAUCAGAUGGGUGGAAUCCCCACCGAGGUGCUGUGCCUGAUGAACAUGGUAUCUCCAGAAGAGCUGCUGGAUGAUGACGAGUAUGAGGAAAUUGUGGAGGAUGUCAGAGAAGAGUGUUCCAAAUAUGGUCAGGUUAAGAGCAUCGAGAUCCCACGACCUGUCGAUGGCCUUGAGAUCCCUGGAACUGGCAAGAUCUUUGUGGAAUUCACAUCAUUAUAUGACUCCCAGAAGGCCAUGCAGUCUUUAACCGGCAGGAAGUUUGCCAACAGAGUGGUGGUCACCAAAUACUGCGACCCCGAUGCCUACCACCGCCGUGACUUCGGCUAGACCUGAGGUAGAAGAGGGAGCGGAGCGAGACAAACCGGAUCUUAGGCUGUAUGAGGAGAGGAGUAAGAAUUAAAUGGCAAAAGAGGGCGCAUUUUUGUAUUCAAGUGCAAGGUGGCAUUUCAUGUUUUUAAAGGGGUUGUGUUAACAGCAGAGCAUCACAAACAGCUAUUACUUCAGUUGAUUUUGUUUUCCUUUUUUAAUUAUUGUAUAUGAAUUGAAAAUGUUAGCUGGGGAAAAGAUGAUUGAUGGUCCCAAAACCAGGGAAUUUUGACAACGGCAGGAGUUUUGGGGGGAGGGCGGGAAUGUCGCUUUCUCCUCACUCGCAAAUGAGAGAAAAGAAGUUGUUUUGUUCCUUGAUCCCUCUUCAGUCACUAUUUACUCUGUUCACAUGUUAUGUACAUUUGAUUCUGAUUCUCGUUUUUACAGCCGUUAAUAUCCUUAGACUCCUUAAUUUGGAUUAAACUGUGUGUUAGUUAUUACUCAUCUCUGUCUGUUUCCAGUAUACAUCACUGCCUAUGAUACUGGUCAUGUAACUUAGUCUAGCAUGGCACCUUUGUGUCUCUGUAUGUGUGAUCUUGAAUAUAAUAACCCUCUUUUGAUAAUAAACUUAGUGACAAUUUGAAAGUA